CAGAGCGGGGCCGUGUCUUUCACUUGUAGUCCAGCCCAUAACUCACAUGAGGAAUGCAGCCGAGGAAGUCUUUUAGAAAGUUCUGAACAAGGUGCACAGCACCUGGUAUUUACUCAGACAACUCUUAUGUCUUUUCCUUAUUUGGACUACUUUCACACAAACCAGUGUUUGCUUCAGAGCUACUCUGUUAUCUUGCUUCUUUUGAAUCCAGCAAGUGGUUAUUAGCUGACAAUGUCGUGGGACUGUGGUCUCAAGUACAUGUUCUCUAUGCCCCCUGCACUGCAGCAGGGUAACAAAUGCAUCCUGCAUGACAAGGAGGACCUGUCCAGACUGGAGAUGGUCCAGAGAUUGGCGAAGGACGGCUGCCGGUUCCUGCAAAACCACAGCAAGGGUCCAGAGAAGACGUCUCAGCCACAGAGUGACGAGGCAGUCCGCUUGUGUGUGAGGGAGCGGGGCCACGAUGUGCUCGUUCUCCGUCGAGUGUUGUCAGAGCAGCCAGCGCACGCUGCGUGGUCGAGGGGAGGAGGAGGGAGGGAAGAGGCGAGGACCAGGAGGUACGCGGUGGUGUCAGGGACCCCCGAAAAGAUCCUGGAGCAUCUGCUGGGUGACAUGACGCUGGAUGAUGACCGAGGGACCACGCAGGGGAAAGAGUCAGGUCAGCAUCCUUACUUUAACUCUUUGCCUCUCUUCUUUUAAACUUACUUUGUCGUGAUAGGGUAUGGAAAAGCAUUUUGAUAUCUACCGCUAUCUAUCACUAGCUGUUAAAUGUAUGAAAAAAGGACUAAAAAAAUGAAAUGAAAAGAAGUUUCUUUUACCCCUUCUGGUCUCCAUAAUGAGCCGGUGCUGCAGUUCGUCUCCAGGCGAUAUCAUCGGUUGAUUAUGAGUGUCUAAAUGUUCAGCCUGUUUUUUUUUGUUUUUUUUUUUAAAGCUUGUCACUUGAGUUUUCUGCAAGCUAGAUCCAACUCACUGAAGAAAUAGCUUGUCAACUAUGGUGCAACACAUUAUAUUCAGCUUUCCUGUUUGCUUGGCCUUUUUGAUGCAAAUUAAGAUAAAAUCUAUAUAUUUUUUUAGAAAUAAGCUACUGUACCUCCGGUGACAUCACAAUAGGCAUAAGGGAACUAAUGACAGCAAAUUUAAGUUAGUAAAUCUUAGUAUUUCUACUCUUUAGUACCAUAACUCUCGAUGAAGCACACAAGGUUGAACCUCAAUACUCAAACUGAAAACUUAGUUGCAUGUCACAAUGGUUACUGAAACCAACUGAUUAGAUACAUUACGAACAAUUAAUUUUUCUUUUGGCUUCAGAGCAUUUUUUUCCUCCUACUUUGCGUUUUUGGAAAUCUUACAAUCCAGAUUCCGCUAACCAGCUAUGUUUUUACUGUCAGUUCACUUUCGUUGUUGGGAGGGAAAAAAAUAGCACAUGAUUAAAUCUUUAAACCAGUGAGAAAUAUGCAACGCUUCCUCAUAUCUUUUGAGCGUGGCUGCAGUGGACCGCGCCACAUGAACUCCAGCCCCGCAGCAGCGACAAAUCAACACAUUUCCUCUCAUCCCAGCAGGUACAUGAUAAUGUGACACUGUUGCCAAGGCAGAGGAGACCCUCUGUUGCUGAAGCUGAAGACGUUUGCUCAACGAGAGACGAUGACUGAGAGCAGUGCAAUAGUCAGACAGAGAGAGAAAGAAAGCAAAUAAAAAGAAGGAGGAGAAAAAAUAAGAUUUGUUUUCUCUUACAAGAGGAAACCGUCAUCAGUGGAGGCUCAGAUCAUGAUUAGCAGACGAACUGAGUGAAACUGUAGUGCUAGGAAUGCAUUUUUAGAUGGAGGAAGGAGUUACAUUUAAAAAAAAUAAAUAAAACUGCUCAUAUCCUUACAUAAAUAAAUGGCUUAAGUUCAUCAUAGAUCCAUUGCUCUGUGAUAUAAUUAAGCAUAUAUCUCCCGAUGGAUUAUUAAAUCAAAUCCCAAUGUCAAACAACCAGAGACCAGAGGAGUCAUGAGCAGCAGCUAAUCUUUACUCAGAGAUGUUUAGCAGCUUGACUGCUGCUGGGCUGUACGCAGCUGCCUGCAAAAGUUGUUGUUCCUUUGAUGCUACUUCUACGCUGAUCCACAGAGCUUUGCAGAAGCGUGGUAGACUAAGGCGCUCUGAUGUCAUCAAACUCAAAUACAUUUUUCUUUGAGCAGUCCCCAAGUUGCUGUGUUUGAUGUGGCUCUUCUAGAUGGAGGAAAAUGACUUGAUUUUUAAUAUGUUUGGAGGUGUUUAUCAGCAAAUUAGCAUAUGAUUAUGCUGAGAGGUGUGGUGUGGAAGAAAAGGAGUCAGUCAACCUUGGAUGCACAGCAACAAAGCUGGUCUAUUAUGUCUGGUUCGACACAGCAGAUUUCAGAAAUGGCAGCCAUCCCAUCAGCUCUCCUGCUACAUCUAGCAGUCCACCCAUAAACUGAUUAAACCCCGCCUUCUCAAUUUACACCAGCCAAUCACGUCAGCCUUCCAGAGUGGUGGUGAGGGAAAUUAGAAAAUUGAUUUAUUUCAAUAACACACAGUGUAUACACUAACCAUGAAUUAUCAAUAAUAAAAUAUUAGGCAGAUAUUUUAUGCAUGCAAAUGCACAAAUUAUAAAACAUUGUAUUCUUUAAAGUACUUUAAGCUUUAGCCAAUCAAACUCCAGCUCUUAUCACUGCUGUUUCUGUGAAAGAGCUGGGUGUGAUCGGUGGGCCUCUUCUUUAGCAGGAUCCAAAGAUGGCUGCCACAAAACACACACCCACAAGGUAACAAACAUCUCAGCCACACACG